AUGGCGGGGACAGCACCAAGAAACGACACCCAUAACCGGAGCUGGGUGAUCGAGGUGGUUGCAUGGCCACUCUUCGGCGUGUGUGCGCUCCUAAUCAUCCUGCGAAUCUGGACGCGCACUCGCAUUAUCCGGUCGUUCGGGUGGGACGAUGGGUUUAUCAUUCUGGCGAUGGUCUGCGCUACUAUCAACAGCGUCUUGAUCACGAUCAGUGCCCACUACGGUACUGGACGACAUGCCGUCAAUCUGACGGAUUCAGAGCGCAUCAUGGCGGCCAAGUAUAACUGGCUGUCGCAGGGAUUCCAUGUGAUGUCGACGAACUGGGGAAAGGUAUCGGUUGCGAUGUUCCUGCUCCGGAUCGUCCGCAAGGUGAAGCAUCAUAAAUGGGCCAUGUACGGGGGCAUCGUUCUCCUCACGAUCAUCAAUGUGAUGUGCGUGUACACGAUUUACGGCCAAUGCACUCCGACCGCGCGACUGUGGAAUACCGACAUCGAUGGAUCCUGCUGGGAGCCGAGUGUGCAGAAGAACUAUGCGUUCUUUCAAGGAUCCUCCUCCGCCUUCUCGGAUUUGGCCCUUGCGAUAUAUCCCAUAACAACCAUUGCCGGUCUACAGAUGGCCCGCAAGGUCAAGAUCGGCUUGGGCUGCGUCCUCUCUCUGGGGAUCAUUGCCAUGAUAGCUGCGAUCGUCAAGACUAUCAAUCUUGCCUCUCUCAGCUCCCGAGAUGAUUACUCCUGGGACACGGUCGAUCUCGCCAUCUGGAUUGCGGUCGAACAAUACCUCAUUAUUCUGGCGGCGUGCAUCCCUACCUUGACGCCUCUAUUCAACAUCGCUAUCUAUAAACGGUCGUCGAAACGGAACACUAGUUCGGCUCGGAAGGUUUACAGCGGAGAACACCAUUUGGGUAGCCACAAUCAGGACUACCCUCUCCGUGAUUAUACAGGGGAUACUUGGACGACUACACGAAGAGAUAAGAGUGAUGGGGAUAGCGAAGAUCCAAUUAUCGCCGAAGAGGCAGGCCAAGGGAUCAUGAAGACGACGGAAAUUCAUAUUCAGACGGGGGAAAUGGGUGUGAGUGACUCGCGCCGUGGAUAG